UCCAUCCUCCUCUCGUCUUCCGCAAGACACCCGCGCGCGCCCAACACCGGCGUCCGGGCGGCCGCCUUGUCAAGGGACCACCGCCGGCGCGGAUACAUGACCAUCCUGAUAGGGUUGCGAUCGGCGGCGACGGAAACGCCGCUUGAUGGCGGAUCAGCGACCUGCGGUAAGCCAUAAUUUUCUUGAGUUGAGGAACAAUUCGAAGAUCUUUAUCGCGACUUGACAGGCCCUAAGGAAAAAAGAGGAGGAUGUUCUUCUUGCGGCGCAAUUACGCAACAAUUUUUUUGCUUUUAUUUCUUGGUUGGGAGGGAUCUAUCAAACAAUCAAUUCAUGGGUCCAAUACUUGCGAAGUCCAUGGUCUUUACUACCGGCCUUCUUCAAAAAUUUGUCGAACAGCAUCGCUCUCUGUGUCCCAAUGGAGGGACGACCGCCACGCCGGCUGUUCCUGCGCCAUGCGUUGGGGGGAGACCUGUUCCAAGGUUGUGCAGGUACGACGCCAUAAUGAGCAAGAAAAGGACGAGCGAAGAGGAGAUAACGAUGAGCUCCAACACGUUUGGGGUGAAACAAGCAUCCAAGCCUAAUCGAGGGAAGCAUGAUGGACCCUUCGCAUGUGAAUUUCUUGGAUCUUGACUUUUCUUCGGUCCCAACAAGUCUACUCUUCGAAUAUUAGUGCUACCGACAGAGCUUGCCUGGGAGACUCCAGCGUUAUCCGGAGAGGUGGACGCAAUGUCGGCUCUCUUCAUCUUCUUCGGCUUCUUCUGCUCUAUUUUGGCUGCAAGAAUUUUAGUUCACGCCCAGCAAGGUUUCAUAACCAUUGAUUGUGGCCUUGAUGCAAAUACUAGCUAUAAAGAUAAUCUCACAGGAAUAGAAUAUGUUUCUGAUGCAGCAUACAUCGAUACAGGAGAAAAUCAUAAUAUUUCUAGUGAUUAUCUACCCAAUGCAGAAGCAGUUCAGAACAUGAACCUGAGAAGCUUUUCUGAUAGCACUCGAAACUGCUAUACUCUGAAGCCCGUCCGCCAGGGGAACAAGUAUAUGAUCAGAGCUGGAUUCAUGUAUGGAAAUUAUGAUGGCAAGAAUCGGAUACCACGGUUUAACAUUUACAUAGGGGUAAAUCUUUGGGAUUCCUUUCAGUUUAAAAGUGCAUCUAAAGUUUACGGGACAGAGACUAUGAUUGUUGCUUCAGCUGAUUUUAUAUCAGUAUGCCUUGUCGGCAUUGGAGACGGGGCACCAUUUAUCUCAUCAUUGGAACUAAGGCUUCUGGGUGGACUUUACAAUGCUCUCAACGCAUCAAAUUUCUUUCUCAAACCUGUACGAUAUGACCUGGGGUCAGUCACUAAUCGAUCAAUCAGGUAUCCAUAUGAUGAUUAUGAUCGUAUGUGGACUCCUGACAACCGCUUACCUUCGAAGUUAUCGCUUUUGUCGCUGAAUACUUCCUCAAAUAUCAGUAGCUCGCAAAACGAUGGCUUUCAAGUUCCAAUAAGAGUCAUGAGAACUUUUGUCGCACCAUCUAAUGGCUCCAACAUAAAUAUCUCUUGGGAUAUGACUCCCGACCCUACUAUACAACAACACAUUGUUCUGCACUUGGCAGAGAUCCAGUUGCUUAGGAGCAAUGAAUCACGGAUAUUUGACAUCUUCUUGAAUGAAAAAUUGUGGCAUGGAAAUUUCAGCCCUCGGUACUUGCAGACGGAUCAUAUAUUCACCAUGGAGUCUAUAAAUCAAAGAUCCAUGAUUAGAAUAUCAAAGGCAGCCAAUUCCACCCUUCCUCCAAUUUUGAAUGCGAUAGAAGUCUACCAAGUGAAGAGCUUCUCAGAGUUGGCUACAGAUAAUGGAGAUGUUGAUGCAAUCGCGGAUGUGAAGAAAACAUACCACAUAGAGAAAAAUUGGAUAAGUGAUCCAUGUAGUCCAAGAAAUUAUGCUUGGGAAGGACUGGGUUGCAGUUACAAUAGCUCCAUGUCACCAAGAAUUGUAAAUCUUAGCUUGGCUGAUUAUGGAUUGUCUGGAAAAAUUGCUGCUUCUUUUGCCAAGCUUGGAGCUUUGAGAUACUUGAACUUAGCAAAUAAUAGUCUGUCAGGAGAAAUACCUGAUGCACUUGGAGAAUUACAUUUUCUACAAGAAUUAGACUUGUCGAACAACCAACUGAAAGGGCCGGUUCCUACUCUUCUUCAAAUAAGAUCGGCAAACCAGUCUCUUAUAUUAAGAAUUGGGGGCAAUUCUGGUCUUUGUUAUGGAAGCAAUUCAUGUCAGAGUCAACGGAAGUUAUCAGUCACCAUCAUCAUUGUUAUAGUGGUAAUUGCAGCAGCAUUCCUGCUGAUGGUAGCAGCAUGUAUGUGGAAAAUGAGGCGGAAGCAAGCAGGUUCUUUGAAGCCACAGAAGGAAGGUCACUCCAGAGGACAUCUAAAAGAUAAAAAUGAUCUAUUUGAAUUAAAAAGUAGACAAUUCGCAUUUGAAGAUCUUGUGGUUAUUACCAAAAGCUUUCAGCAUGCCAUUGGUAAAGGGGGAUUUGGGAUAGUUUACCUUGGUGAAUUACAAGAUGGAACUCAAGUUGCUGUCAAGGUGAAUUCUCAAUCAUCAUCCCAGGGGAUAAAUGAGUUUCAAGCUGAGGGAGAACUCUUGACAAGGAUACAUCAUAAGAAUCUUGUGUCUUUGGUUGGAUAUUGUGAAGAUGGGAAUUAUCUAGCGCUUGUCUACGAGUAUAUGGCCCAAGGAAGUCUUGAGGAUCAUCUUCGAGGUAAAAGUAGUACCACCAGAUUCUUAAACUGGAUUCAGAGACUCCAAAUUGCAAUUGAGGCUGCCCAAGGCCUGGAAUAUCUUCAUAGUGGAUGCAAGCCGCCUAUAAUCCACAGAGAUGUGAAGCCUUCCAACAUCCUCCUCAACCACAAAGGAGAGGCCAAAAUAUCCGACUUUGGGGUGUCCAGGAUUUUCCAAAAUGACCAAACUCAUGUAUCAACUGCUGUGGUUGGCACCAUGGGAUAUCUUGAUCCAGAUUACUUUUUCAGUUGCAAGCUGACCGAGAAAAGUGAUGUAUAUAGUUUUGGGGUGGUUCUCUUGGAGUUGAUCACAGGUCUUCCUGCUGUAUUGAGAAAUCCAGAUAGGGGGCAACUCGUUCACUGGAUACUUGCAUCGGGAGACAUCAAUGCUGUGAUAGAUGACAGAAUGCAAGGUGAAUACGAUGCUUACUCAGUUUCGAAGGCUGCAGAAAUAGCAAUGAAGUGUACGCUGCCUACCUCCAUUGAGAGGCCAACCAUGAGUGAAGUGGUGAUGCAGUUGAAGGAAUGCCUGGCACUGGAGCUUUCUUCUGGCACCACCCAGAUCCAUGACACAUCCGAAAUCUGCACAAACUGUGAUGAUUCAGUCGAGUUAUCUUCCUCAACGACGACUACGAACCGUCGUCAAGAUGAUGACUCAGACUUGUCUUCUGCAGGAAUCACCACCAGCCAUUAUCAAAAUGAGUCUGCUGUGUCCCAAACCGCAGCUUUGCUUCACCAGGGAUGUGAUCCCAGUAAGUCUUGA